UGGCGGCUCCCGGAGUCCGGAGGGCGGAGAUGAGUUCUCAACAGUUUCCCCGUUCCGGAGCCCCUUCUGCCGGGCUGGGCCAAGCUCCAUCCCAGAUUUCCAGUACUGGGGCCACAGGGCUGAUAAACCCAGCAACCGCAGCGGUCAAUGAGGAGUCCAGUCGGGAUCCCGAAGGCCCCAACGGCUCCCUCCAGUCUCGCGAAGAAAAGCAGGAGCCGGUGGUGGUGCGGCCCUACCCGCAGGCCCCCCAGGUCCCGCCGGUCCCUCACGUCCCCCAGGUGCAGGUGUUGACGCCGCACCACGCCGUCUCGUCCGCCGCGCCCGUCGCCGUCACCGCCCCCCCCGCCCACCUCGCCUCAGCCGUGCCGCUCUCCUUCUCGGAAGGGCUCAUGAAGCCUCCCCUGAAGCCCACCAUGCCGAGUCGGCCCAUCGCUCCCGCCCCUCCUUCUACUCUGUCGGUGCCGCCCAAGGUCCCCGGCCAGGUCACCGUCACCAUGGAAAGCAGCAUCCCGCAGGCCUCCGCCAUCCCCGUGGCAACCAUCAGUGGACAACAGGGGCACCCCAGUAACUUGCAUCACAUCAUGGCAGCAAACGUGCAGAUGUCCAUCAUCCGCAGUAGUGCUCCCGGCCCGCCUCUUCACAUAGGAGCAUCCCAUUUACCCCGAGGUGCCGCCGCCGCGGCGGUGAUGUCCAGUUCCAAAGUAACUACGGUCCUGCGGCCCACUUCCCAGUUGCCCAACGCAGCUACUGCUCAGCCAGCGGUCCAGCACAUCAUUCACCAACCGAUCCAGUCUCGACCUCCCGUGACCACCUCAAAUACCAUCCCUCCCGCCGUGGUGGCAACAGUUUCGGCCUCAAGAGCUCAGUCUCCCGUCAUUACUACAACAGCAGCGCAUGCUACAGAUUCAACUCUUAGUCGGCCAACUUUGUCUCUCCAGCAUGCACCUUCUGCAGCGAUAAGUAUUCACCGACCUACCCAGUCCAGGGAUGCAGCAACCCGAAUCACAUUACCGUCUCACCCGGCCAUAGGGACCCAGAAACAGCAGCUUCAUACCAUGGCGCAGAAAACCAUCUUUAGUACUGGCACCCCAGUAGCAGCAGCAACAGUGGCACCCAUUUUGGCAACUAACACCAUUCCUUCAGCAACCACCGCAGGAUCUGUGUCGAACACACAGGCGCCCACAAGUACUAUUGUCACCAUGACAAUGCCCUCACAUUCAUCCCAUGCUACUGCUGUGACCACCUCCAACAUCCCAGUUGCGAAAGUGGUCCCCCAGCAGAUUACGCACACGUCCCCCAGGAUUCAACCCGAUUACCCCACAGAGAGGAGUAGCCUUAUUCCCAUUUCUGGACAUCGGGCCUCUCCAAAUCCGGUUGCGAUGGAAACCAGGAACGACAACAGGCAGUCUGUUCCUGUUCAGUUCCAAUAUUUCUUGCCAACGUACCCUCCUUCGGCCUACCCGCUGGCUGCUCACACAUACACCCCAAUCACCAGUUCUGUAUCUACAAUACGACAGUAUCCAGUUUCAGCUCAGGGCCCCAACUCUGCUCAGCUCACAGCCCAGACCGGGGUCGGCGUGGCCUCCACAGUGCACCUCAAUCCGAUGCAGCUGAUGACGGUGGAUGCGUCUCACGCCCGCCACAUCCAAGGGAUCCAGCCAGCACCGAUCGGAGCGCAGGGGAUCCAGCCGGCCCCGAUUGGAGCUCAGGGACUUCACCCGGCCGCGCCGAUUAACGCCCAGGGACUUCAGCCUGCACCGCUCGGGGCUCAGCAGCCACAGACGGAAGCGAAAACCUCAGCGGUAGUGUUGGCGGAAGGGGCAACGAUUGUCGCCAACCCUAUUAGUAACACAUUCAGUGCAGCUCCAGCAGCUACUACGGUGGUGCAGACGCACAGCCAGAGUGCCAGCACCAGUGUUCCUGCCCAGGGCUCGUCCCCUCGUCCAAGUAUCCUCCGUAAGAAACCGGCCACGGAUGGAUGGAUAGGGCCACACGUUCCCAGAAGGCAGCUGGGAGACCUGUCAUGGCUUCUUCACAGCACGGCCGUUCGGAAAAACCUCAUUCCGCCUCAGCCUCCUGACGUCGCCAGCCCUCGAGUGGAGAGUUCUCUGCGGACCCCAUCGGGAUCCCCCAGGCCUGCGGGCUCGAAGCCUAAAUCGGAAAUCCACGUCUCCAUGGGCGCGCCGGUGGCCGUGUCUGUGGAUGCCGUGUCCAGCCAGAGCGGGGACCAGCCCACCAUGGCCAUCCCGCCCAGCGCUCAGCCCCCGGCGCCUGCCAUUCCCGGCAUCCUGGCGGCCGCCAGCCCGCCGUCGCAGCCGGCCGCCGCCCUGGCCGGCAUUCCGGGCUCGGUGCCCGGCACCUCUCCCAUCCCCAUCCCCACCCUCGCAGCCGCCCCUCCGCCGGCGGUGGUCGGAAGCGCCCUCUCCGCCGUCCUGGGGCCCGCCGUGCCUGACAUCAAAAUUAAAGAAGAAAUGGAGCCCAUGGACAUCAUGCGGCCAGUCUCCGCAGUUCCGCCUCUGACGCCGAACACCGUGUCUCCGUCUCUUGCUCUGCUGGCCAACAACUUGUCUCUGCCUCCGAGCGAGCUCCCGCCGGGUGCGUCCCCGCGGAAAAAGCCCCGGAAGCAGCAGCACGUGAUUUCCACCGAGGAGGGUGACAUGAUGGAGGCGAAUAGCACCGACGACGAGAAGUCCACCGCCAAGAGUUUGCUGGUGAAGGCGGAGAAGCGAAAGUCUCCUCCCAAGGAGUAUAUCGAUGAGGAAGGUGUGAGGUACGUGCCUGUACGCCCGAGACCCCCUAUUACUCUGCUCCGCCAUUACCGGAAUCCCUGGAAAGCUGCUUAUCACCACUUUCAGCGAUACAGUGAUGUCAGAGUCAAAGAGGAGAAGAAGGCCAUGCUGCAGGAGAUAGCCAACCAGAAAGGAGUGUCCUGCCGGGCUCAAGGCUGGAAAGUUCACCUCUGUGCGGCCCAGUUACUGCAGCUGACUAAUCUGGAGCACGACGUGUAUGAGAGACUCACCACCUUGCAAGAAGGAAUAAUCCCGAAGAAAAAGGCAGCAACAGAUGAUGACCUCCACCGGAUAAAUGAACUGAUACAGGGUAAUAUGCAGAGAUGUAAACUUGUGAUGGAUCAAAUCAACGAAGCCAGAGACUCCAUGCUGAAAGUUUUAGAUCACAAAGAACGGGUUCUGAAGCUUCUAAACAAGAACGGGACUGUCAAGAAAGUGUCCAAAUUAAAGCGAAAGGAAAAAGUCUAAACCCCAAAGGCGUCUGGACCGUGGAAACAAUGAACAACGGUGAACAAUGGUGUUGGGGUUUGGGGGCCGGGGGGACUUUUCCGGUGGCGUUUUAAGUGGAACAUGCACGUAAAGGAAGAUUAAAAGAGUUACAGGGCGAGGCGAGGGUCCGACCCGAGGCACCCAGAGACCUGGAGGGACCGUAGCCGAUCCGGCCCGUUGAACAGAGACCUUCCUUUCUGACGCAUCCGUUUCCAACCCGCUUGGCGGUCGUGUAUUUGUUUCUAGCCCUCCUGACGUGUCGGUGGCUGCUAAUCAGAACCAGCGACACGAACGUGUGGCAGGCGGGUCUGGGCCUUCCGCCCAGAGACAUACAGAACCGGGACUGAAAGCAUCAGCUUGGACCGCUGAAAGCGUCUCUCGACCCUGAAGAUGAAGCCCCUCACAGUCCGUCCCGUCCCCCCCCACCCCCCAACCC